AUGGCUGCUGGUCCAUCGACAAGUAGUAAUAAUCCUCCAAUAUUACCAAUGCAUGAUAAAACUCCAUUAUCUCAUUUACUUGAAGCAGCUGUACAAAAAACUUAUCAUGAACUAUAUACAAUGGCAGAUGUUUUACCAAGCAAAACGAAUCUAGAAAGAAAAAAAGAAUUAGUAAAAUUUGCUUGUCGUACUCGUCAAUUAUUUAUACGAAUUUUAGCCGUAGUUAAAUGGGCAACUACAGCAGGCAAAGUGAAUGCAUGCGAAACUAUACAACAUUUUUUGGAAAAUCGUGCUCGACUUAUACGUGAAACAUCGGAUUGUUUAGCUCAAUUAGCACGUAUUAAACUUCUUGAUGCAAGAUUACCGAAUUUUCCUAUAACAGAUGCUAUUGAUGCAUUAACUCUUGGUUCAGUUCAUUUCCUACCUGACCGAUUAUCGGAAGGAACAACUCCUUUUAUACCAGCUAGUGAAAGUGAACGACAAGAAAUUUUACCACGUCUUCAACAAAUUCUUACAGCAAGAUUAGCUAUUGCAGAAUUACCUAUUCAAAUUACUAAUGUCACAAUUAAAAAUGGAAUAGUAACAUUAGCUGUUCAUGGAGAAUUUGAAGUUAAAUUAGGCAUAAAAAGUGAUAAUCUCUUUGCUUCAUGGCACGUUUAUAAAACAAAAUUAUUUUUACGUGAUCCUGAAGAACCAGGUAUGCAGAAAAAUAAUCGUAGUCAUUUAUCAAUAGUCAGUUUUCAACAUUAA